ACGUGAUGACGUCAAAUCCGCCUUGAUUUCCGUUUCCUUGACAUACAGAAACGUCGACAGUAGCUUGGUGGGCCAAAACAUUUAGAAAAAUAUAUUUAACUUUCAAGCCAGGGCUUGUGCCUGAGUCCGGCGUCUGUGAAUGGAAGUGGAGAUAGCGUUCGAGAUGGGUCCUGAGAGAAUCUUACCAAACUCUGAGGAGGAGCUGGGUCAGGAGCGGCCGUCGGAUGGUGGAGUGGGCGGGGAGUGGAGUGGAGAGGACAUGGAGGAGGACGAGGGCGGUGUGGGAGACGAGGAGGAGGAUGAUGGAGGUUACUAUUACCAACCACUAAACCAGGACCCUGAUGGACUAAAUGCUGCACCCGGGGACCAGCCUGAGGAUAUGCCCCCAGUAGCAGAGCAACUGCAAGAAGUCCAGGAGAGAAUAGAGUCAAUGGGCUUACAUCUUCCCCAGCCCCCUCCUUUAGACAGUGAUGAGGAGGAGCCAGAAGGCGCCGCUGCCCAGCGCAGCGCAGCCUCCAUCCCCAUGGAUGAAGACCACGUGGAGCUGGUGAAGAGGACCAUGGCAGCAGUGGCCCUGCCCUCUCUGGCUAUCCCGACCUGGGCUCAGGAGAUCUCUGACGACCAGUGGAAGGAUAUGGUCCAGCAGACGCUCCAGACUCGCCAAAGCUCAGAAGGCCUGAUGCUAGAGCGCAAAUAAGACUGAAUUGCCUCCUUCUCACAGUCCGUCUUUAACUGUGCCAUGCAUUUCACCAUCACACUUACCCCAGGGGAGUCUGAGCUAAGGUCCUCUGAGCGGGUCAUGAGUCCUAGGUGUCUCAAUUCUUAAGAUUUGAGAGAAAUUGUGAAAACCCAUCUGUCCAAUUCCUAUUAGGUUAGGAUAUCUCUCCUGAAUAUGUGUUUGAAAGGAGCCUCUGGGUACUCACUACUUCUAACCUAGAGGGCGGCAGGUAGCCUAGCAGUUAAGAGCGUUGGGCCAG